GUUUUCUGAUAGGUCAGUCUGAUAGGGCUGACGGGAUGACGACUCCCAAGCGCACGGCGUCGGAGCAUCCUGCGGCGCCGCCGGUCAAGAAGGUCGUGGGCAAGAAGUCUCCGGCCGAGCCCUCGUCGGCAUUGGUGGUGGCUGACGACUCCAACAAGCCGGAGCAGAAGGCAGCGGCCGAGCCUGCGUCAGCAAGCGCGGACCAGAAGAAGGUGGACAUGCGCGCGCAGAUAGACUCUGCAGCUGGAGAGCUGGAGUCCGAGCAGAAGAGGCUGGCAGCAUUGACCGUGGAGGAGCUGUUGAAGGACGGCAGCCACAUGGUGCCCGAGGCUGUCCAAGAGCGCUGCUGGUCCGUGCUGUUGAAGUACACGAAGCAGAGCCAGGCCAGCUACACGGCCGAUGCGCCUUUUAUCGGCUUCAUUCCAAGUGGCUUCCGCGGAGCACAGCACCAAGAGGCCAUGAAACCCUUCAUGUUGCCCGACGCUGCAUUGCUCCCUGCGGCGCCUGCGGCUGCUGGACGGCCCGACUGCACUGUGUACAUGGAAGUCUCACGUCCGAAAGCACAGAAGCAGCCUAUGCGUACUGUUGAGACACAGUCGCUCCAGCGUCGCCCAGACCUUGCAGCUACCAGCUCAGUCGACAGUCACAGCUCUGGCAGGGCCAGCAGCACCUCGGUCGCAGGCCCAGCACACUUGGGGACAGGGCCAGAUGCCCUUCCGGUGAACUCAUGGCUCACUGCCUUUCGUGUUGCCAAACAAGCCCAAUGCAAGAGCUCGUCCGAGGAGGUCACUCUGUCGCCGCACAAACUGCGUCAAAUGCAUUGGGCUAUUGCAGAGGCCAAGCGAGAACAACUUCGUGACUGGCUUGCUAAGUCCGGCCGAAAGACAGACAUCAGCCUUGCCCAUGAUGCCCGAGACAAGAUCGUGGCAGUACGCUUUACCGCUGUCAACGAGAAGCUCGAGCGCAAACGCGGGCUGCUGGGCGCGCUGGAGACGCACGGCGGAGCCGAAAAAUACAGCGACGCCAUCCUGAACGUCGUGAAACAGUUCUUCAGCCGAGGAACAGGCGCCCUGGACGACCGAGGCGUCCUCGAUGAGGCUUCAGCUGCAGAGUUCAAAGCCUGCGUGACGUGCGUGACCGCGGACGGGGCACCGUACGCACAGAAGGCCUGCAGACUGCUGUCCAGCUCGGGCCUCUCGAACUUACGUGCAAUCAUACGCGACCGAGGACAUUCCAUUGUGGGAGCCUUGAAGAAUGCUGUCGAUUGCGACCAGGAGAUUAGGAACUUCAAAGAGGAGUUCGUGUCUGGGCCAUCCUCCGUCGCAAAGAGCAUCUCGUUCAACGCAGCCUUUCGCGAGCGUUUCGAGAUUGCUUGUAAGGCGCAACAAGAGACGAGCGCGGAUCCGAUUCCUGUCAUGCUUAGCCUGCGGUACGGCAAGGCACGGUUUCAGUCUCAGGUGGACCCCGAACGACGCCUCCUAUUGCAUCUUUUGGGGACUUGCACGGCACUGUCCAAACACGCGGAGCAGGCGACGACGGCCGAGGAACGACAGUGGGCUGCAAAGCGUUUGAGGCAACUGACGUUCGAGCGGGUGGCGCUGAUGGCCUGCGUGUCAGACGCCGAAGAGAUGACCUUGACAUUUUGCAGGCAGGUGGAAGCGGAGUUCAGCGACCCGAGCCUUGCGAGCGCCUGCGUGGACGAGUUUGAGACCCAGAUGCGUCGGCUAUUCCUGGAAGGUCGCAUAUGGUCGUCCGAGAAUCAAGGAUCAUGGACCAGGCGCAUUCUGGACCAGAUCAAGGAGGCAAAGGUUUUCACCUUCGGCGGAGAAAGACAUGGUCUGUCAUGGCCUUGCGCCCGAGAGCGGCAAGAAGUCCUCGCCCGAGUGCACGACCGAGUCUGCGUUUUCGUCAAGACCAUUCUGGCAGGCGUCCGAGCAGAGUUCCCGGCCCAAGAGCUCAUGCUGAGGCUGGAGUCACUGUCGCUGGCCAUGUGGUAUUCAAUCGAGAAGAACUUCGGGCCGACGUCUGCUUGCAAUCAUGCUCGGAAAGAGAGGGUUGCCCAGCUGGAACAAAAGUUCCGCAAGCUGGCGUCAUGCCUGCACUUGCCGCCUGAGGAGGCGUGGCUGCAGUUCACCCACGUCAAGGACAAUCACGACUCGCUUUUGCAUGCCUGGGGUAAGCUGGGGAACAACCUGGAGGCUUGGGCCAAUGUGCUCGCGCGGCACAAAGCCGCCCGAAGUCACACCCGUGUGGAUCACCUGUUGAUUAUGGUUCGCUUUUACGCGGCCAGCCUCGCCUCCACACAGGGCGUUGAGAGUCAGUUCUCUGAAGCAGAGCGUCAGAGUGCAAAGCGCGUCGCCCAGCAAUCCCUUUUGCGUCUUCGCGACCGACUUCAGAUCUCGGAGAUGGAAGAGUCCGAGCUUGUGAGCAACGGAGUGCCGCAGCCUCUUGUAAAACUGGCCAAACGUCUCUACGUAGAGUAUUUUGGGCAGCCUCGUGGUGCUUAUGGCGACAAAAAGCUGGGGACCUUGGCCCGAGGAGUUAGACGGAAAUGCCACAAGAGAUCCGAGGCAACGUUGAUCAAGGAUCAGAGACUUGCCACCAGAAAGUUGUCCGAGAAAGACACAGCAUCGGGCAGUAUGUUUGGCACCAGGAUCCCGGCCGAGGCGAAGAAGUCAUGUUGGAGUGAAUGUCACACCAAUCUACACAGAGCCUUGGCCGAAAAACAGGCAGCCAAGGUGGCGGAAGCGACCGAGACACAUGGACAAGGACUCCGCCCGAAAACAACAGCCGCUUUGAAGACGAAGCUCCACAGAGGCCAACGUGGAAGAGUCACUGCUCGACAGCGGCGCCUGCUGGACAAGUUAAGCCAGCCCAGCAAAAAGCCCAGCCUCGAGAAUGCAAGAGUCUAUGUCCUGCCGAAGGCCACAGCGGCGAAGACGGAACUGGGCCCGCGACAAGUUCUGGUUGACCAGGUUGCCUUGGCCGACUUGGUGGUGGUAGACAAUCUAAACACUCCGAGCUGGCAAGCGGCCGAGGCCAUGUUGCGGGGCAAGACCAUCUGCGAAGGAUUGGCCAAGUUGAUUGUGGAGUUAUCGCAGAGGAGCGACAGCAAGUGGGAAAUUCUCAAAGCCGAGCCCACGAGGAAGUCGCCAAAUACUGCAGUCAUUUGUUCCGGCAAGACUAUGCGGGCAUUAGGCCCCAACAAAGCAGGCCGCACCGAAUGGUGGAGCUGGAUCAACCGCAUGUGUCUGCAGAACAUCACCAAGUCCGAGUCUGCAUAA